UGGCUGAGGGGUGGCGACAAAGCCAUGCUAUAUAGGAUAUGGUCUUCGCUAAUUCUAUAGCAUUGGAUUCAAGUUAUUUUUUUAUAUAGGAUGUGCACUACCGGUUGCCAUUGUGUCCUAUGUAGCUAAAAUACGAAGUCGUUGAGCAGAAAGCAUUUGGAUUUCAGAAAAAAAAAUGUAUUUAGGAAGAAUUCAAUCUUAUGUUAAGUCGCGAGGUUCAUUGCCAUGUUUUUGUGGCAUAUUUAAAAAAAUUACGGCUCAAGUAACCAUUGUUCUGUGGUCGAGUUAUGUUUAGAGCUUCACAAACGGUCGUGCCACACGCACGGGCUGGCGCGUUCUUCUCAGGUCAACGUGUCAUGCAAGUACGGCAGGACGGCUAUAAAAACUCAACUGGAAGCAAGCUGGUGUGACAACAACUCUCACUGAGCAAGAAGCGGUGCACCUUGGAAAAAAACACCCAACCUGAAAUUAUUCAUUUUUCGGAUUAAAAUCUCAGGUAGUGGAUCUGUUGAAGACUUUAAAUACACUUGUUUCCAUCACUUUUCAAAUCAUUAGGCUUGUAGGAUACCAUUUUCUACUCUCAUGGUGAAAUUUGACAUGCUGUUUUGGAAUUCUUUAUGGCAAGACCAAUCAGGACAAAAUUACUUUCAAGACAGACACUUCUCAUUACCUGAAACUUGAGUUUUACUCUUUGGGGACUGACAGAGGGAUUCAACCACAAACAGUCUGUUAUACAACCAGGAAGACCUUCCAUAUUUCUGCAAGCAUACUGUAUUAAUAGCAGAUCAAUCAUGGUUGCGGUAAAACCCAAAGACUUAGCUCCUACGGCAACAGUCAAGUUCUUUGGAGCAGGAACAGCUGCCUGUGUAGCAGAUCUCAUCACCUUUCCUUUGGACACAGCCAAAGUUAGGCUUCAGAUUCAAGGAGAAUCAAAGUCCUUGGAGGGAGGGAAGGUGGUGAAGUACAGAGGGGUGUUUGGCACCAUCAGCACCAUGGUGAAGACCGAGGGGGCGAGGAGCCUCUACAACGGCCUGGUAGCAGGACUGCAGAGACAGAUGAGCUUUGCAUCCGUCCGCAUCGGCCUCUACGACUCCAUGAAGCAGUUCUACACACGGGGAUCAGACAAUGGAGGUAUCGGCAUCCGGCUGCUGGCAGGCUGUAGCACAGGGGCCAUGGCUGUAGCCUUUGCUCAGCCCACAGAUGUGGUGAAGGUGCGCUUUCAGGCUCAAGUCAGACUGCCAGACAUGGACUCAGUGAAGAGAUACAAUGGCACCAUGGAUGCCUACAGGACGAUAGCCAGGGAAGAGGGCAUCAGAGGGCUCUGGAAAGGCUGCAUGCCAAAUAUAACCCGCAACGCCAUUGUAAACUGUGCAGAGCUGGUGACCUAUGACAUCAUUAAGGAACUCAUCCUCAAGCAUGACUUCAUGACCGAUAACCUACCCUGCCAUUUCACAGCAGCCUUUGGUGCUGGAUUCUUUACCACAGUUGUAGCGUCUCCUGUGGAUGUGGUAAAAACUCGGUUUAUGAACUCCACAACGGCACAGUACAGCAGUGCUAGUAACUGUGCGUACACCAUGCUGACCAAAGAGGGGCCUAAGGCAUUCUAUAAAGGGUUUAUGCCCUCGUUUCUUCGCCUUGGCUCCUGGAACAUUGUGAUGUUUGUUUCCUAUGAGCAAAUCAAGAGAGCUGCCAUGAGAGCCCAACAGUCCUGGGAGUCCCCCAUAUGAGCUCAUCCAGGGAAGUGGUUGUCGAUAUGAAGCCAUCUUAAACAAUGACACAGUGGAACAAAUAUGAGGCUUUGACUGCCUGGGUUGGCAGAGCAGAACCAGUGGAGGAACCAGUUACAGAUCACUGCUGUAUGGUGUGUUUGCUUCAGCAGGGGUUGUGUCCCCUCUGUAUUGUAUGGACCAAGGGGGUAAUAGUGCUGGCCAAUAGAAACAGCUGUCGAUUCCUGUAAAUUGGUGGGAUGAAGAGACUGAUUCAUGAAAUCUACAGUGAAAGUUGAUGUCAGGUGGAAAACCUGGAUGUCCAGUAGAUGUCAGUCAAGAUAAUGUGCAAUUAAGCAAAUCACGUAAAAUAUGUACUGUAGGGAAUGGAGUUAACUUAUUGCGUAUGAUUGUUUUAUAUGUAUUUUUAUUAUAGCCAAAGAAGUAUGAAUUAUAUGAAGUUGUACAUUUGCACUCUACCUUUUACAAUGUGCGUUACUGCUCUUAUGCUCUGAUCUGUUGUCUUGAUUACUUGAAAAAUUUACCUUUCUACUGUACAUAUGAAUUUUUACCAGGCACACUUUCUAGAGAAUGAAGUAUAAAUGGAACACUUUGUUCAGAAUUUAUCUGGAUUAAAUCUUGUAUUAUUAAAGUGAUGUUUCCUAACAAUAGAAGGAAAAAAC